ACAGUGCCCCGCCCCCUCCAAUCGCAUUCUAAAUAGCGUGUAUGUUACAUCCAUUUGUUUGACAGUGUUAGAGCUGGAGGGCGGGAACGGCCGGAUGCGGUACGCGCGUGCAUGGGUACAGGGAUGCCACAUAGAUGGAUGAGACAGAGAGAGGGAGAGAGAGAGAGGUGUAUAAUACACAGCUAAUAUAGAUUAAUCUCUUCUGCUCUAAUUCACCAACGAGAUAAAAGCACAGCUCGAUAUUUCCUUCCCUCUCUCUCUCUCUCUCUCUCUCUCUCUGACACACUCUCUCCAUUACUUACUUACACACACACACACACACACACGCAUACACAGCUGCCAGCCUCUAUGCUUCCGUCCUCGCGCCAGCGGGUGGCCGCCUGGCUGCUCGCUCUGCCGGCAGGAAGAGGUGGAGGAGAGGAGUGCGCGCGCCGCGGCCGCCUGGAGAUGAUCUCGUUUUGGCUGCUGUGCUGGAAGCUGUUGCGAGCGACAGCUGGUUUGAGGAGGACAACACCGGAGCUAACGGACAGUAGCCACAACAGUUACGACAACCCUGCGGACGAUUCUCCCGCCACCGCGCAGCUGACAGACCCAGUUACCAUGGAGAUCAGCUCAUCUCCGCCGCACACGGACCUGGAAAGAGACAACUUGUUUAACUAUCACAGCCAGGAAGAGGAGGAGGCACUCCAUUACCCAGAGUUCACGGGGUCAGAUGAAGUUGUGGAGGGAGAGAAAGAUGAAAGACGAGAUGGAGACGAGUGCGACUAUCUCGUUUUUGCGAUAGGAGAGGACAAGGGAGGUGAAAGUGUGGAGGUAGAAGACGUAGAGAGAGAAGUGGAGGUGGAGGAGGAGGGAGAAGAUGGAGGAAGAGGAGAAACAGAAGGUGAGGAUGAACGGAGAGGAGAGAUAGAGGGAGAAGAAGGUAGAGGAGAAACGGAAGGGGAAGUUGAAGUGGGGAGAGAAUUUAAGCUGGAAGACGACGACAGAGGUAAAGUGGAGGGAGAAGAUGAGAGUAAAAUAGAUUGGGGGAGGAGAGAGAUAGAGGGAGAAGAUGAGGGGAGGGAAAACGUUGAGGGGGAAGAUGGAGAAAGUGUUGAAGGAGAGAAAGAAGACGCUCUGUCAGAGCUUCUCAUGUUAUCUGUCUCCGACAGUCCAGCGUGUCUGUUAUCAUCAGAGAUGCUCAUCAACACCUCACACUCCUCAGAACAGCCAAUGGCGGCCAUGGCGGUGACAGCGGCCAUUUUGCAAGCUGCCUCUGUUCAUGACGUUGGCAACAGAGACGACCUUAGUGACGGUCACCUUAGCGACUGCCUCCAGGCCGAGCUGGCUGUCGUGUACUCGGACAGCGAUGCUGAGAGAGACGACCAUUUGGCUCUGUCCGUGACGUCCGAGGUCGUCGACCACGAGGAAGCAGGUGAGUGUGAUGGAGGGAGCAAGGACGUAGAAGAGGAGAGGCGAGAGGAAGAAUUGGAAAAUGAAAGAGAGGAGAGGGGAAGCAGGGAUGGCGCUGAUGAGGACAACGAGCAGAUGAGGAGGUCCAAUCUCUUCCUGCGAUCUCCGUCUCCUAGCUCCACAGCGAGCUCCACGGAUCCCGACAGGAAGCUCCCUGCAGAUUUCUGCGUGCAGCAAGAGAUGUGCAGUGAGAACGUCUCCACUGAACACGUGGACUUCUUGUUGGCCCGACGGCAAUGGAAGAAAAUGGAGGAAGAGGUCAAAGGUCAGCCCAUCCCUAAACCUGUGCUCAGAGCUCAGGGAAGCUUCCAGGGAACCCACACUUCUCUGUACCCGCCGACCCGCAGCCCGCGACUCAAACACAGGGGCAGUAAUCCGCCAGUGACCACCACGGAGCCCUCGCUAGCCUCCACCCUGUCACCCAGCUCAGAGGACUCAGGCCUGGAUGACUCGCUGUACCGCUGCCCCCUGGAGGAGCCGGAGAGCGCUGUAGAGCGAGAGAUCCGACUGACUCUGGAGAGAGAAGAGCGGCACCGCAGAGAGAGGGGGAUGCUCGCACAGGGUCUGACUUUACCUAGACCGCCCACACUGCGAACAGGACGAUCUCCACCGCGACCUCCCGCCUGCCGGACACCCACUCUGUCCAUCUCCCCUUCUCCCUCCUGCUCCUCCUCCUCCUCCCUCCCUCGAUCCGUCUACCAUGAGAUGACGGCCAACAACGUCAUCAUCCUGGAGCCGGACUCUUCCAGCUCUUCCUCCAGGAACCGCCUCCUCCCUUCGUCAAUCGGAGCUCUCUCUGAAUGGCCGUCAAGCCUUGACGCAGUGCCCUCCGCCAACGUCAUCGUCGUGGAAACGUCCAAUUUGAUCAUCCGCAGCGCUUCAGAGUUCUGCCUGAGCUCCGCCACGCCCUCAACGGCCGAGACGCAGGAGAGUACCUUCACGUCCAAUCCCUUUUUCAAGCUGCGCUCGCUCAGCAGCCAGUCUCUGGUGGAGCAGGAGAUCAAGGUGGUGAGGCAGCGGGAGGAAGAGUGGAGGAGGCAGAGGGAGGACAUGUGGAGGAGGAGGAGAGAGGAGGAGUGGAGGAGAGGGAGAGAGAGGUACGACACCGUGCUGGUGUCUCCAGGCCUGACGGACAACGUCAGCUUCAAUGUGCCCGAGGUUCCAGACAGAUGUGUCUCCUCCCCUUCGUCCCCCUCCAGAACCCGCAAAAUGGAACGGUCCAGUUUGUCCUGUGACCACAAGUGGUUUAGCUGAAUCUUCCCACCUCCCUCCUUCCAGUUCCCCGCCUCCCUCUCUUCUGUGCCUCAACGACAGAACGCCAUGGCGCAGCGGUGGGAGGCCUCUCUUUUAGCCAAUCAGAAGAAGGAGUAAGGAAGAAGAUUUUAAACCCAAAAUGAAGAUCUACACCGUUUUUUUUCUUUUUAAAAGUCCUUACUUUGUCGUUAAAAGUCACACAUUCCGACGUCCACUGUGGUCAGAACCACAUGAGCAGCGACUUCACGGCGUCUGAUUCCUGUGUGCGAUGAUCACAGCAUGUUAAUGAGAAGAGGAGGAGAUUAAAUGCACUUUGUCUGAAGCUGUAAAAAAAUUGUAAAAAAAACAAUGGAACAUAAUGCCAUGUCAGACACUUUAAGUAGAGUAAAUAACAAUAACGAAUAAAAGUAUAGAAACUCAUAAAUGUCAGUACAAUAUUUGAUGUUUAUUUUAUUCUUUAUAAUGUAGUAUUUACAGCACUUUCAGCGUAUACACUGGCAAAAAAACGUAAUUAGGUUUAUUCAAACUAGUACAAUUAACAGAUUAUAUGAAUACAUAUCAUAUUACUUGUUAAUUUUUAGUUUGCAUCAACUUAAUUAACUUGAAAGUUAAAGUUAGCUUCACUUAAGUUUUUAAUAAACUUAAUUUGUGUUCAAUUGAAUUAUUUAUUAACUAUUUAUUGAUUUGUAUCAGUACGACUGACUGUAACGGAGAGAUUUAAUUUAUUUUAGCCUUCUUUAAAAGCAUGUUUAUUUUUAAAAAAUAUUGUAUCUAUGCAUCGGAGAAAUUUGAGAUAUGCUAUUUUCUUGUUUUUAAACAGGUGCCAAUCAGUGGAGAGUUUAAAACAAAUCACUGCCUUUAAUCAAAUUAAAUGAGCCAGUAAUUAUAUUUGCCACCUUUAAAAUUAUAAUAUGUCAUGAAUGGUUGCUACAGCACUUACUAAUGAAUCGGAAAUUCUAACUCUCUAAUGUAUCGUAAAGAUUUUUAAUUAAAUAUUUUUAUGUCCUUUUUUUGUCUUGAUUCCUAAAAAAAGAAAGAAAAGAAAAAGAGAUUUAUCGUAUUUUAUUUUUGCUGCGUAUAUUUAUGAAUUCAGCAGUGCUUAUGAAUCCUUAAAGGCCUUUAUUUGUAAACAAAAAAUGUUUAUAAUACAUUGUGUCAGAACGACGUAUUGAAACUAGAAUUAUGCCAUUGUUUGUUUUUAGGAGUGGAUUAAAGCUACAACAUUAGAAGGUUUUAGCAUAUUAUCUAUAUUUUCCUGUGAUUUCAUCACUCUACUAUGCUACUAAGUGUUGUUGUUUUUUCACCCCCCAUGUCUAUUUUUCAGUAAAACUUUCAUUUUAUGGUAGACUUAUUCACCAUUACCUGCUUCUUUAACAGCAUGCUUCCCGUAUUAGGAGCAUACCUGUUCUUUAUUAGUCACAAUAAAGCACUUAUUAAUAUUCUUUAAUAUAAAAUGAGUAGGACUUUACAUAGCAUAGUAUGUGAAUAAUAUAUUCCGUAAUACUAUUUAGUUAUUAUUAAAUUAUUUUGCCAGUAGGUGGGGAAAUGACUUUAAUUUGAUAUCUGUAUAUAUGUAGAUGGCAGGCAUGAAGUUUAGUGAAGAUUCGACCAUGUAUGGUUUUACGAGUUCGAGUAAUUUCGUGUUUAGCAUUAGCAUCGUGACGUAAUCUUUUACACGGCGCACCGCACAUUCAUCGAGGCUUUGCGACGACUUCACAGCUUUUAAGAUAUAGGCCGCAAAAAGUUGGAAGUUGUCAAAUUUAUCGCAGGGGAAGUUUGUUUCAGCUUAGCAUUGUAGAAAAUUGUCACAAAAUGGUGGCUCAAUUCAAAAUGGCCAACUUCUCAUUGAGCUUAAAUAACGGGACCAACUUGUUUUUAUAUCAACAUUUCAGGUCACGCAGGUCUGUACAGAAAUGGCUGUAGAUUCUAGGGGGCACUGCUGAGCUACUCAAAUAGUUUAAAAAAGGAGCAGUUAAGGGAUAUUUAUACAAAAUACAUUAAUAAGUGCAUUUUUAUGACUAAUAAAGAGUCGCUAUGCUACUAAAGUGGAUUGGAUUUUUUUGUUUUUGUUCAACGCACAGUAACUAGAGGUUUGUCGACAGGUGUUAUAAAGCUCAGCAUGUUUCUGUAUUAGAUACAUUUGGUUAUCUACGGGGCAUAUAUAUAUAUAUAUAUAUAUACAUAUAUAUAUAUAUAUACUGUAUAUGAAUAUAUAUAUACAGUAUAUAUACACAGACACACAAUGCUGCACGCUUAGUGUUUGCCCUGUGAGGUCAUUAAAGUCGGGGGUCGUGUUUUCACAUCCACACUUGGUUUGUUUCUCGGUUUUACGUUUAGCGCUGGAUUAAAGAUUUUCUUAUUUAACGUAUUUUCUUCUUCUUAUGAUUGUUAUUAUUAUUAUUAUGAUUAUUAUUAUUGUUAAGGAACAACAAUCAGAAUUUCUGCUUUUCUCAUGUCCGGUGUGGUCGUGUCGCAUGCUACUUUGCGAUUAUUACAGGGUGACACCAAAUAAUACUUGCUAUAUACUCAUAUAGACUCAUACAGUAUACACAGCUUUUCAGACCAUUUCCAGACUUUAGUUAUUUAUUCUGAUUCCCAUUAUUUCUUAGUUUAUUUGUCAUUAUUAUGAUUAUUGUCAACUGAAAUAUCUGGUGAAGACAACUUCAAUAAGUAAAUAAAUAAUGUGUGACUCCAGAAA